AGUACUGAUAAGUAAGUUCUUUCUGUUCACUUGAAUUUUUUUUAAUAUUACAGAUACGUUCAAGCAUCUAUACUUUCGUGAAACACGAUGAAGUUAAUUACCUGUUCAAUUAUUCUUCCACUAAUAGUUGGACAAAGUUCAGCACUUAUACCAGGUCUAUUGAAGGGAAUUUUGGACCUACUCCUUGGUUCAGUUUCUUCGAAAACAAUUUUAAUUCCGUCCGCUGAUAUUUCCAUUCCAAAGAAUUUACAAGACAUUAUAAUUGGUGACUUAAAUUUAACCCAAUUUCAUGUAUAUGGAUUAGACACUUUCAAAUACAAGGAUGAUGUUUACAAAUUGGACACAGAUAGAAAGUCAUUUACAAGGAACAGAAUUUCUGUUAAUACAACUCUGGAUAAACUUGGAUUGGAAACUGAGUAUGUUUUGGAUAUGAGUUUACUAGAUGCCGUUCCAUUGUAUGGGAAUGGAAGAUUUAGGUUAGAAGUCACAAAAGUAGGAUUGGAUAUUAAUCUAAAUCUGUACGAUAAAUUUGUACAAAAUAUGAGUGUAGAGGAUUUCGAUUUUAGAUUUUCUCUACGUGACUCCUCAAACUCAGAAAUAACAGGCUUUUGGAGCAAUGUGAAAGUUAGCGCAUUACUCACGAAUGUUAUAAAUAUUGUUGAGCCCUUUGUGUGUAUGUGGUACGACUACGAACGAGAAUGUCUGGAUUGUGUUAUCAGCAAACUUGCCCAGUUUGUAAUAAAUAAAUUAGUGCUGAAAGCUAUUACUAACGAAGACUUCAUUAAAUGCGAAUGUUUGGGGGAUUUAUCAUUUUUAACAAAGCUUCACUUGCCAUCCCUAGUUGAAUCUUGGGAGACAGAAGAUUACGGUUACAUAAAAUAUCAUCUAAUAAAAAAUCCCGACGUGAAGAAAGUUUAUAAUAAAAUGUAUAAAAUUGUUUCCAAAAUAGUGGUGGAGACCUUUGAGGAAAUGUAAUUUUUUUAUGAAUUGUAAUAACUAUUUCAAUAAAACCAAUCGAUAUA